CAAGGCCCGGGGCCAGAUCUGGCCCGCCACAUAAUUUUGUGUGGCCCGCGAAGCCCAAUCUAGUGUCAAUUUGCAUGAUUCUUGUGAAAAUUUCAAGUUGUGAGAUAUUACAAGCAUUUUUGUUUUGCCAAAUGUGAAUAGUUGAAAAACACAUUACCCUUGAUUUCUGAUUCCAAAACUAGUUCAUAAAUUGAUUUAAAUAUGAUGAGAUGAUUAAUUAUUUUUGUACCACAGUAAUAACGGUCCUCUGAGAGAAACCAGAACAACAACGUGGCUCGCGCGAAAAAUUAGUUUGACACCCCUGUUUUAAAAAAAAUUAUCCAUUUACAGCACUGGAGUCUAUACCAGCUGACUCUGAACCAACACCCGACUACACCCCGAACUGGUCGCCAGCCAGUCGCAGGGCACGUAUAGACACGGUCAAUCGUUUGCACUCCAAACUCUGAACUCACGCCGCCUGCACUAAAGUCAGGUGUGACGUCACUCCCCCCACCUCCCUCCUCGUCCUCUCUCAAUCAAACAUGGAGUAAGGAGGAGAUGGGGCUCGUCCGGAGCGAGCCGAGCCGACGACAGCGAGCCUCUUUCGGUCGACGCGUUCCUGGCCGAGACCGCCGCGGAGGAUUAGCAGCAACAAAAAGGUCGGAGAAGACGAAGGAGAGGAGGGGGAAGAGGUCGGCGGAUUUAGCCGUGAAAGAAUAGGAGGACGAGGAGGAGGAGGAAGGAGGAGGGAGGGAGGAGGAGGACAAACGCACGAGCCACCAGAAGAUGGCAGGAGCCGCGCGCGCGCCCAAAUGGAGAGACCGCGGCGCGUUGCCGCGGAGCGAAAGCCUCCGCGCGGUGGAACGUGAACGCAACAAAAGAACAUGAGCGACGAGGAGCACCACCCCACGCCUCACGAUGACAGCUACAUGGUGCGCGUCAAAGCGCUGGUGAUGACCCGCGACGACUCGAGCGGCGGCUGGCUGCCGCAAGACGGCGGCCUGAGCCGAGUGGGCGUGUGCAGGUUGACGCCCGGCGGGCCGGCGGGUCGCAGCAGCUUCCUCAUCCACGCAGAACGGCUGCGGGACAGACAGGUGAUUCUUGAAUGUUCCCUGAAGAAGGACCUGGUCUACACCAAGGCCACGCCCACCUUCCACCACUGGAGGGUGGACAACCGGAAGUGCGGCCUGACCUUCCAGAGUCCGACCGACGCGCGCGCCUUCGACCGCGGCGUACGAAAGGCCCUGGAAGACCUGACGGAAGGCUCGACCACGUCGUCGUCCACGCUGCACAACGAGGCGGAGCUCGGCGAUGACGACGUGUUCACGACGGCCACGGACAGCUCGUCCAAUUCGUCCCAGCGGAAGGAGCCCGUCUCGCUGUCCUUUUGCGAGCACCGCCGCCACCCCCGUUGCAUCCUGGGACACCUGAAUGAGCGGCACCAGCCCUCCGACCAAUACUUCUACGACCGCUACUUCGCUGACCGUUGCUUCCUGGAGCAAGCGGUGCAAGUGUUCCCUCGUCACGUGAGCUUCCAUUUGGAAGAGGAAGUUGUUCAAAUCACCCCCCGGGAGCGCGCCUGGCUCACCCGCAACGGGGACUACCGCCAUGCCACCGCCACGCGGGAGACGCUGUCGCCGUUCAGCACGCCCGACGCCUACGUGCACGACGCCCCGAAGCUGGACUACGGCUACCCGUAUCCUCUCGGCAAGUCCGCCUCCCGCGGCGACCCCGCGCCCGUGAGGGUGGCGGUGACGGCUCAGCCUCAGCUGAAGCGAGGUCACAAGGACGGCGAGCGUCUACGCUGCGUUUACUGUCAGGAUUUGUUCCAGCGCAAGGACAACAGGCGCGGACGCUGUCAGGAGGCCCCCGACCCGAUCCAAACCUGCAUCCGCCGAGUCAGCUUCCUGUGGUGCGCCGACAGCCUGCUGUACCACUGCAUGUCCGACCCGGAGGGCGACUACUCGGACGCGUGCUCGUGCGAGGCGGGCGACGAGCGCUUUUGUUUGCGCUGGAGCGCCCUGCUCGCGCUGUCGCUGCUGGUGCCGUGCAUGUGCUGCUACUUGCCGCUCACCGCCAUGCACCGAUGUGGCGUCGCGUGCCGAUGUUGUGGCGGUAGACACCGGGCAGCCGAGUGAGGUGCCCCCUCGACGCCCCCCGACCGCCGAGCCCUGGCUUUGGUUCUGCUCGGUGUUUUGUCCUGUUGUCUGUGUCGCGUUGUUACACCCACACAACAAUCUAGUUUUUGUCGCUUGACAUUUAAGCUUGCGGUCCCCAACCAACCGGGCCAUGGCCUAGUUGAUACCGGGUCACACAGAAAAGGUGAUCAAAAACCAUUUUGUUGAGCGGUACAUAUUUCAUAGGAGUGCCCCAUCUUAGAAAUUACUGUGGUCCGUGAAAGUGGUCAGUGGCGCAAAAAGGUUGGGGACUGCUGAUUUAAACUAAAAAAAAAAAAAAUCUAAUUCCUUAUUUUUGCUGUUUUUCUUGCUGCUUUGCUCUCAAAGGGAAUAUGAAAUAUUAUUUUGAUACAAAUUCAUCAUAAUUCAGCGUUCAUAGUGUAACAUGCCUCAAGUGUAGCUGAAGGGCUGGAACUAGAAGGCCUUUGGCUUUGCUUGCAUGAGGAAACUCCGGUUGCCAUGGUAACUACGUGCCCUUUGCGUGUCUUGUUUUUGCUGCCCUCUGCUGGUCAUUAGUGAAAUGCAUAUUUUUUCAAUGAUUGCUGCUUGCCUCUGUAAGGAAACAUCCACCCGUUUUCUGAGCCGCUUAUCCUCACAACAGUCGCGAGGGUGCUGGAGCCUAUCCCGGCUGACAUCGGGCGGGAGGCGGGGUACACCCUGAACUGGUUGCCAGGCAAUCUGUGUAAGGAAACAUAACUUUAUAUUUGUAUCCAAAUUCACAUAUUUUAACUUGCCUCAAAUCAAGCCAAGAUCGCGGGAAACAAGCAGGACAUUAGCUGGUCUUAUUUUCAAUUACUACAACAAAGGCUGUUUAACAUCAAAGAGCAAACGACGGUUGCCAUGGAAACAAGUUGACAGGGGGGGGGCAAAACGACCAUCUCGCUUAGCAUCAAGUACAACAAGAAGAUUUUUCUCAUUAAUGCAUCGUCAUCGUUCCAGCAUUGAACCACAAGAAAAAAAAUGAAUUAAAAAAAAAUCAACAGCGGAAAUAUUAAGAAAGCUGCCGGGUGGUCUGUCAAUCAAACACUGGAUGGAAAAGAGGAUGCGGAGGACCACUUGGCUGUGGAAGAAAGUGCCUGAAGAUAAUGGACCACACACACACACACACCUGCUGGAUCAUCAUAGGGACUUUUUAUACAUGCCAUUUGAUGUAGUAUUCAUGCGACAAUAUUAACUGUACAUAUGUAUGAAUUUCAGUUCUAUUUUUUUAUCGUGAUGUAGACAAAAAAAAACACUUAUAAAUAACGACGCAUCCUGUGUAUGUGUGUGUAAUUGUGACUGGAAUAUGUGUGCGCGUGUGUGUACAUCGUCCUAGAUGAGUGUGUAAGAAUGUUUACGUGUGCACGCGUGUACACGUGCGUGUUUCCGUAUGUAUUUGUGCGUAUGUGUGAUGAAACACACACAUAUAACAUGUUUCAGUGACAAAUCAAUAGAG